GUUUCUAACGUUCAGCAAUAUGAAAGGACUGCUGAUUAUCUUUUUGGCUUACGUAGUCUUUGUUAGUGCAGCUAACAAAAAUAACAAAAAAGAUGUCAAUAAACGAAGCUACUUAUUUCCCUCCGAUGAUUUAGUACAAGGAAUAGACUACCAAGCUCCUUACUCAACAUAUUCAUCAGCUAUUUCAGCUCCAGGAUCCAUAAUUAGUUCAGCCCCUCUAUCAUCCGGUUAUUUAACACCAAUAUCAACUUCUCGGUCAGCGUAUGUAUCACCAAUUUCAACAGCUGAUUCAGUUUCAUUCUCAAACGCUGGUUUGACUUCUUAUCCAGCAAUUGACACAUCAGUAUAUUCUCCUUCCAUCUCAUCUGUUGGUGCGAGUUAUUAUCCAACAGUUGAUUCGGGUUUAUAUCAAUCCGCUCCCGUCUCCUCAGUUCGUUUGCAAUCAUAUACAGCAGCUGAAUCACCUUCUGUUUCUUAUGUUCAACCCCAAUACAAUGUGAUCAACAAAAAAGUUCCUGUGUACGUUUCCAAACCAGUACCUUACGAAGUCACCAAAACAGUAAAAGUUCCAACUCCUUAUAAAGUAACCGUCCCUAAGCCCUAUGCUGUGCCAGUAAAAGUAAAUGUACCAGUGGAAAUACCAAAGCCAUACGAAGUAAAAAUUGAACACAAAGUACCUGUUCCAGUAGCCGAAAGAGUACCAAUAGAAAUUCCAAGACCAUAUCCAGUUUACAAAACUAAGAAAGUUCCAGUGGAAAUUGAAAAGCCCGUCUACGUCAAAGAGAAAAUAGAAGUACGUUACCCAGUUCCAAAACCAUACCCUGUGGAGGUACCUAGCGCCGUCCGUGUUAAAGUACCACAACGAAUUCUUAUCAAAGAGCCUCAAUUUGUGUCCUCAGUAGGUACAUACGAUAACGCCUUCAGUGUACCAAACUUUGUCUAUGGAAAAUCAGUCGAUAAUGCAUAUAUACCAACUUCAUAUGGUAAAACCAUUUUAUCAUCUUCAUCAGCAGCAAAAUCGCUUGAUGAUUCCAUUUCAACAAGUGUACAAGAAAGUGCCGCGAUUGGACAAACUCUCACUCAACUUUCGGAACAAUCUUUGAUAUCAGGCCAAACCGGUUACGAUCAAUCAAUCCAAGGUUUUGGUGGUCAAUCCUUCGGGAUAGAUCAGGGAUUCCAAACUGGUUUCGGCGGAAACUAUUUCCCAGGUCUCCAGCAAACUUCUGAUUUUUCUGUUGACGGGCUCCAAUCGUAUGAAGAUUAUAGAAAAACACACCUAGCUAAUGGAGUUAUAAACGAUGAAAAGGAAUCUGUUUCUGUAGAAGCAAAAUCUGUAGAUUUAGACAAAUCAAACGUGGAGAGCGGAAAUGACGCCGUUGAAUCUACAGAAAAUAGUACACCAACUCCAGUUAGUGCAACUGAAAGCGAAACUGAAUCAUCAGAAGGAUUCAGUAGUGAUGAAUCCACAGUGCCAUCUCAAACUACUGAUAUUUUGUAAAAAGACAAAUUUAAAUACGCAAAGUUAUGAAUUUAUAUUUUUUAAAUGAAUUUAUUUGUGUUGAUAAUUGUAAUACUGAUUUGAUUAAAAGAUAUAUCUCUUUAUAUUUAUUUAUAGGUAUAUUGUUUUUUGUCGUACCAUAAUUGUUUACGUGAAAGUACUUGGCUGUUUAUUUUUUUAAAGUAAAAUUUACUAGAAAGUUAUUUUUCGUUUAGACUGAACUACAUACUAAGAAUUGAUUAAUCCUUAAACCAUUUGGGAGGAAAGGAGAACAUGGGUUAUAAGAAAAUCGCUACAAUUCCAAAUUUAAAUAUUACUAAAUUCUUAUAAAGAAUAACGAGUGUUUGACUGAUCAUUUACAUCUAAUUAGAUGAUGCAACCCGAGUUUUUUUCAACUUUCAAUAAACAUGGCGUAAACAUAAUUUCCUACGACUACUUUUGAAAAUGAUAGAUUGCACACUCAUUUUUACCUAGACAGUAGCUUAUUUCACACAAGUACUAAAAAAUAACAAAUCAUACACGUAUUGAAAUGCUUCUUUUUCUUAUGUUAUAUAUGGUCUCGAACUAUAGAGGGAAUACGCGAAUACAAUAUGAAUUUGGCUGGGUGCCGAAAGGCAAAAGGCCAAAUUUAAGAAGACUGAAGAAGUAGACAGUAUUUUUUUGAGGUUAUAUUAGUGUUUAUAAUAAAAAUUGAAAGUUUGUGUACUUCAUCUAUACAGCAACAAUAGGCAAUAAAGACAUAUGUUAGGGAUACCACCAAUAAUGCAAAAUUACAAAAUUUAGUAAUUGUUAUAAUAAUAACUUUAUAUUUAACUCUUAUGACGUCUCAGAAAAAAAAUGAAACAAAAUCAUUAAUAAUUAUUUAGUUCUUGUUAGGUAUCUAAUAUAGUUGCAGAAAUUUAUUGUUCUAUUGGCUUUUUUUCUGUUCUUUAGUUAUAAAAUAUUUCAUAAUCAUUCUUUUCGUUUUUGUCAUCUCUACCAUUACAAAAUAAAAAUAUUUUGUAGGAUUUCUUAACUUUUCAGCACACGUGUUUAUACACUUUUCAACAGAUGUGUGAUAUUAUUUAAUUAACUUUCUUAUUUAAAAAAAAAUAGUUGUUUACGUGGUCGUAGGAAAAAUAGUGUGCAUAACUCGUUGGAAACUAUAUUACGCACUCAUUACGUGGCUUGUGCAAAUCAGUAACUAUGUAUCACUUUCCAAACUCGUUAGAUAACAUACUAAUUCCAUUUUAGUAUAGUUUUAGUUAUAGCGAAUUAUAUUUGAAACAUGCUGUUGUAGAAAGUGACUCAUAUUUUCAAUAUAGACCUUUGCGGUUCUGAAUGAAAAGCAAUUUUGACGAAGUCGUGCAAUUUUUAUCAAAAAUAAUACAUUUUAAAACAAAUUUGUUGUCAACGAAGUUAUAUUUCUUUAUUUUAUAUAAUGUAAUAAGUGAUAGACUAAUUUUCAUAAAAUAUAAGCUGAUAGAUA